AGCCUCUCGAGUCUGAACCGAAUCCAACACUAACAACGACGACGACGUCUUCUCUCUCUCUCUAAAAUCCAAAUUCCGAAAGGUGUGUGUUGGUUGGUGGAUUAUAAUACGUGAAAGUCCGUCACCGGCGCAAGAGCAUGAGAGUAUGAGACCAUGAGUCUUCCGCUCCCUUUCCCUCUUUCUGCUUAAUCAAUUAUCAUCGUCAUGAGACACCGGAGCACCGACGGUAAAAUGCGCUGGGCUCUCUGUGCUCCUCCCAUCCUUUGUCUCUCCCUUUAUCCUCCUUUCCUCCCUUCUCUUCUUUUUCCUUCCUUUGUCUAGGGUUUCUCUCUGGAUUUUCUUCCUCCCGAGUCCCAACCAAUCCAUGGCGACGAGGCUUUGGCGAACGGGGAUCCUUUUACUGGUUUUUCGGUGUGUGACUUGCGCUGAGGCUCAGCCUCUUGAGGUUCCAUCGUCAUCGUCGUCUGCCGUUUGUCCAUUGGCUUCCGUUACGGAAUCGAUCUUGCAGUUUUCAGAUUUGUGUUGGGAUCCUGAUUGGCUCUCCAAUGGUGCUUUUGGUGGGAAUUCCGUCGGUGUUAUGGAGGGGGAUGAGAUUUCAUUACAGAAGGCACUGAAUCUUGUUCACAGAAAUAGUCACGAGUAUGUGUCUGUGCUAUUCUAUGCAUCUUGGUGCCCAUUCUCAAGAACUUGUAGGCCAACCUUCAAUGUUCUGUCUUCCUUGUAUCCUUCUAUCCACCACUUUGCCGUGGAAGAAUCUGCAAUCAGACCUAGCAUCCUAUCAAGGUAUGGAGUUCAUGGAUUCCCAACUCUUUUCCUCCUUAAUUCCACUAUGUGGGUGCGUUACCAUGGCUCAAGGACCCUCAGUUCUCUUGUUGCUUUCUACACUGAUGUUACAGGCAUCAAGCCUGUAUUAGUACAUAAAAUGUCCAUGGAGAAAAGUGGGAGCCCAUCUAAUAAAGCUGAAGUAGAAUAUUUGGAGCAGGAAAGCUGCCCAUUCUCAUGGGCUAGAUCCCCGGAAAACAUGCUUAGGCAGGAAAGUUAUUUGGCUUUGGCUACGAUGUUUGUGCUAUUGAGGUUUCUUCAUUUCAUUUAUCCUACACUGUUGGCAUGUGCUCAAUACAUCUGGAGAAGCCACAUCCAUGACACAAACUUGGUUAGCUUAUGGAAGCUUCCUCUUGCUUACCUUAAUCAAGCAGUGCAGGUAUUUAAUAUGCUGAAGGAACCUUGCAAGAGAAGCAAUUUGCAGGGAGGAGCAAUGAAUGCCAGGGUAUGGGCUUCCAAGUCGCUAGCCUCAGUUUCCAUUGGUGAUGCAAGCUCUAGCAGGGGGUUACUCUGGAAAUGAAAGGUGAUGAGGAUCUCCUGGCUUCUGGCAGUAGAACAAAAUGGUUAAGGUUCAUACAGAUGGGUUUGGCCUCCACAUUUGCAAUGUUGCUGAGGUUCUCUUGCUCCAGGCUGAAAAUUUAGAGACCCUUUUUGGGUUUAAAUUUAAAUUGGGGUUGGUCCUUGGUUUGUAUCUAUAUCCUCCUUGUCUUGGAAAAUGUCCUGUAUCUGUAGCGGUUUUAGUAACUCAGUUUCUAACAACUGUUAAUAUAAUUCUCGCUACAUUUA